AUGAAUUCAUUGAUGAAUUAUGGUAGCGAUGAUGACUUGGAUGAUGUUGCCGAAGAAGCUGCCGUGGAUCCCUACGGUGGCAGCACCAGAAACUUCAGGAAGCCCUUAAGUGCCCAGCCAAAUGAUGACACCAACUAUGAUGAAGUCCAGAUGAGCCUCAGCGAGGACUCUGAUGCUGAAAUGAGAUCAUCGUCGAAGUAUCGAGACCGAGAUCGUGACGAUAAACGCUCCAGUCCUAGGGGAAGCAGAGACGUGAGAGAUAAAGAUAGGAGGGACGAUAGGUCAGACAGGGAUAGAUACAGCGGAAGAGAUAGGAACGACGAUCGAUCCAGCAGGUACAGAGAUGAUGAUAGAUCUAGACAUCGCGAUGACAAAGAUGACGAUAGAUCGAGACAUCGUGAUGACAAAGAUGACGAUAGAUCGAGACAUCGUGAUGAUAAAGAGGACAAGUAUAGAAGUAAAGAUGAUGAUAGAGGAAGAGAUAGAUCUAGAAGUCGAGAUGAUGACAAAUCGAGAGAUAGGAGAGACGAUCGAAGAGACAGACAUAGUCGGGAUGAUAGAUACAGAUCAGACAGAGACAGAAGAAGAAGCAGAUCUAGAGAUAGAGAUAGAAGGCGUAGUAGAUCUCCUAGACGUUCGAGAUCGAGAGACAGACCUGGUAGAGGAGGUUUUCAAAGGAGAUUUGAUAGAGGAGGCAGAAUGAGUAAACCAGGUUUUGACCCGAAAAACCCUUCUCAAAAUCCUCAAGAAGGCGACAGUAGCCAAAACAAAGAUAGAUUUUUCAUGCCUGGCAUUACAGGGCGCUUUAGAGACCAAAUCGAAAAACGUAAAAUGUUAUGGCAAAAGAAAGACCCGGAACCGGAACAGGCUGGACCCGCAGUGCCUAUCAAACAAAAUCCAAAGCUCCAAGCGAACGCUCCAAGGUCAACUAAGUUGUGGGAGGCGACCACUUUUGCACAGGAUACAGACGGUAAAGUAGCCAAUAAAUUUAAGAGAUUGAUGGGUAUAAAAACUCCGAGCGAAGGCAGCAAUUCCACAACGGAGGUCCUCAAGAAGCAAGACGAGAUGUUUAGCGCCAUGGAGCAACAAUACGAGGUAGCGCGAACUACCACGCACACGAUGAGGGGCGUCGGAUUAGGCUUUAGUAGUUAUAACCGAUAA